AUGUCUUCGGAGCUCAUCAGUAAGUUCCAGGAAAUCGGGCUUUCUGAAAAGAAAGCCAAAGACAUCGCAAAAAACGAGAAAGUGUCUGCCAGCUUCGUGGAAGUUUUGGACGAAGGAAGCGUCUCCAAAGCCGAUGAGAAGAAGCUCAACUUGCUAUACAACUUGGCUGUAGAUAGCAAGAACAAUGGCGUGGCGCCAGAGCAGAGAAAAAUUGUCACGAGGGCAAUUGUAGACAACAGAUUGAAAACUAAUUUGCAAGUGACCGAGGCUUUAAGAUAUGUUGCUGAGAAAGGUGACAGUGCUACUGAAGAUGAGAUGAAUGCAGCUUCAGGUGUAGGAGUGGAAUUGAGUCGAGACGACGUCAAAAGCGAGGUCCUCAAGUACAUUGAGCUGAAAAAGGAAGAGGUUUUGGCUAAGAGGUACGCUGGGGUUCCUUCUCUCUUGAGUGAGACGAAGAAGCUUCCAAGUCUCAAAUGGGCGGCGCCCGGAGACUUCAAGCCUGUCAUUGAUGGCAUUGCCUUGGAGCUAUUUGGGCCCAAAGACGAAAGAGACGUGGUUAAGAAGGAGAAGAAGAAAAAGGAGCCUAAAGCUAGCGCCAAAAAGGAGGAGAAGGCCGCAGAACCUGAGAGGUCUAUGUUCACAGAGGGCUUCUUGGGAGAAUUGCACAAGCCAGGUGAAAACCCACAGGCGUUCCCAGAGUUGAUGAAGGAACACUUAGAGUUUACUAAGGGUAAAGUGUUCACAAGAUUCCCACCGGAACCCAACGGGUUCCUCCACAUUGGCCACUCGAAGGCCAUCAUGGUGAACUUCGGUUACGCCAAGCACUUCAACGGUAAUUGUUAUCUUCGUUUCGACGACACCAAUCCUGAGGCCGAAGAGGAAGUCUACUUCAAUUCGAUAAAGAACAUGGUGUCGUGGCUUGGCUUCGAGCCCUGGAAGAUCACUCACUCCUCCGACUACUUUGACGAAUUGUAUGAGUUGGCAGAGAAAUUGAUCAAGGUCGAUAAGGCGUACGUGUGCCAUUGCACGCCUGAGGAGGUUAAAGCUCAAAGAGGUAUGAAGCCCGACGGCACUUUGGGUGGUGAAAGAUUCCCAUCCCCAUACCGCUCUCGAUCAGUAGAGGAAAAUCUUACGGAAUUCAGAAAAAUGAGAGAUGGUCACUAUAAGCCAGGUGACGCCGUGUUGAGAAUGAAGCAGGACAUCUACUCGCCAAACCCUCAAAUGUGGGAUUUGGUUGCAUACCGUGUUUUGAACGCUCCACACCACAGAACCGGCGACAAGUGGAGAAUUUACCCUACAUACGACUUCACCCACUGUUUGGUUGAUUCUUUCGAGAACAUUUCUCACUCCUUGUGUACGACGGAAUUCCGUCUUUCCAGAGAGAGUUACGAAUGGUUAUGUGACGCAUUGCAUGUUUAUAGACCCGCCCAAAGAGAGUAUGGCCGUUUGAACAUCACGGGAACAAUUUUGUCGAAAAGAAAGAUUGCCAAGUUGGUCAACGAGGGCUACGUGAGGGGCUGGGAUGACCCUAGACUUUACACUUUGGAGGCCAUCAAGCGCAGAGGUGUUCCUCCAGGUGCUAUUUUGACAUUCAUCAAUACCUUGGGUGUUACAACUUCUACAACUAAUAUUCAGGUGAUCAGACUCGAGAGUGCUGUGAGAUCUUAUUUGGACAACACCACUCCAAGAUUGAUGCUAUUGCUGGAACCUUUGUUGUGCGAAGUCGUCAACGUUGACGAGGGCUUUGGUGAAGAGGUGGAGGUUUCUUACAAGCCAGGAGCCGAGGACAAAUUCGGAAGCAGAAAGGUCAAGUUCACCAAGAAGUUCUACAUUGACCGUUCUGAUUACAGAGACGAGACUGAUAAAGAAUAUUUCAGAUUGGCGCCAGGUCAGCCUGUUGGCUUAAUGAAGGUUCCAUACAAUGUGUCGGUUCAUGAGGUCAUUAGAGACGAAGCUGGCAAUGUCACCAAGUUAUUGGUGAACUAUGAGUCUGGCAUCAAGAAGAAGCCAAAGAAGUACAUUCAAUGGGUUGGCGAGAACAACGUCAGGAAGAUCAAGGAGAUCAGAAUGUAUAAUCAGUUGUUCAAGAGUGAAAACCCUAGCGCACACCCAGACGGCUUUUUGAAGGAUAUUAAUGACAAAUCUGAGGAGAUAAUCAGGAACUCUAUUAUCGAGGCUGCUGGAUUUGAGGAGAUUUUGAAGAAGUCGCCAUUGAACAUCGGUAUCGAAGGUUCUGAAUUCAACAUCAACGAGGCCGCCGGCCCUCACACAGUCAGAUUCCAGGCUCUUAGAAUUGGAUAUUUCUGCAUGGACAAGGACUCCUCCGAGGACAGUGUGGUGUUGAACAGAAUUGUCACAUUGAAGGAAGAUGCCGCAAAGGCUUGA